AGGGCGCUGACAGAAAGCGCUCCCGGCAGUGCCGCGGCCCGGUUUUCCUCGCCGCCACCGCGUCCUGCCCGCCCGCGGCUCCGCUCCCCGCAGGUGUGGAGUGUCCGCUGUCGGCCCGGCCCCGCCGCCUGAGCGCCUCGCUUCCCCCCCUCCCUCCCCCUUCCUCCCUUUUCCCUCCUUCCCCCCUUUCCCUCCUUUCUUUCCUUCUCCUCUUUCUUUCCUUCCCCCUUUCCCUUCCUUCCCGUCUUUCCUUCCCUUCACCCCUUUCCUUUCCUUCCCCCCUUCCCUUCCUUCCCCCCGCCGGCGUGGCUGAACUCCUCCCUACAAAAAGCCACACAGAAAGUGCCCAGAGCCCUAUGGUGUGUUUAUGGCUAAUCAUGAACUGUAACAAACGGCCAACAUGUCUCGAGAGACUGGAAGUGAAGCGCAGCAGUCUCAAGAUACCCAACAGUCACAGAGUGGUACCGGUUCCUCUUCCAGCGGGUCGCAGAGCACUAGUCAGUCUUCCUCAAGUUCUGGUACCCUCAGUUCUUUGGACACUGUCCCCACUCAGGAGCUUCCAUCGAUCCCCGAGGACCAGGAACCUGAAGAGCUUGCUCCUCAGCCUUGGGGUCUGCUCUUUGCACUUGGAAAAGGUUUCAGCAACUGUGACUGUGUGAAUGAUGAAUACUGGUUUGGAAGAGACAAAAGCUGUCAUUAUAGUUUUUCUAAGCUAGGAUUGUCUGAUACCAGCUUCUACCAAAACUAUAGCAAGAAGCAUUUCCGAAUUUUCAGGGAAAUGGGUCCAAAAAAUUCCUACGUUGCCUACAUUGAAGACCACAGUGCAAAUGGAACUUUUGUUAAUAGAGAGCUCAUUGGAAAAGGGAAGAGGCUUCCACUGACUCACAACUCCGAAAUCGCACUCUCUGUACAGAGUAAUAAGGUGUUUGUAUUUUCUGAUCUUACGGUGGAUGAUCAGUUGGUGUUUCCUAAGGAAUUCAGAGAGAAAUAUAUCAUGUCGAAGACUUUGGGAAGCGGUGCCUGUGGAGAAGUCAAGCUGGCCUUUGAGAAGAGCACUUGUAACAAAGUUGCAGUAAAGAUAAUCAAUAAACGGAAGUUCAUGGCCAGUGGCAUUCCAGAGACAAACCCAGCUUUUAAUAUCAAUACAGAGAUUGAAAUUUUGAAGAAAAUAGAUCAUCCUUGCUUAAUCAAGAUCAAAAACUUCUUUGAAGCAGAGGAUUACUACAUUGUUUUGGAACUGAUGGAAGGAGGAGAAUUGUAUGACAGAGUGUCAAGGCCAAUCAAGAUGAAGGAAGCUACCUGCAAGUUGUAUUUUUAUCAGAUGCUGCUGGCUGUAAAGUAUCUUCAUGACAAUGGAAUUAUACACCGAGAUCUAAAGCCGGAGAAUGUGCUACUUUCAUCUUCUGAAGAGACAUGUCUUAUAAAGAUUACAGAUUUUGGACAAUCCAAGAUUCUUGGAGAAACUUCUCUUAUGAAAACAUUAUGUGGUACUCCCACGUAUCUUGCUCCUGAGGUUCUAAAUUCACUUGGGACCACUGGAUACAGCCGAGCUGUGGACUGCUGGAGUUUAGGAGUUAUUCUUUUUGUAUGCUUGUGUGGCUAUCCCCCAUUUAAUGAGCAAAAUACUCGACUGUCUCUGAAAGAUCAGAUCACUCGUGGAGAAUACACCUUCAUUUCAAAAGAAUGGAAGCACGUCUCAGACACGGCUUUGGACCUCGUGAAGAAGCUGUUAGUAGUGGAUCCAAGCAAACGUCUUACAACAGAGGAAGCCUUAGAGCAUCCUUGGCUUCAGGAUGAGGAUAUGAAGAAUACAUUUCAAAAGCUGCUUGCUCAGACACAUACCAGUAUGGAUCCACCCCAAACAUCAAAAAUGAAAGGAGGCUUUACCCAGCAUCUGUAAUUCUGGAGGAAGCAGAGCAGUCAGGCUCUGUCUCACCUGAUUUAAUGCAGCCACCCUGCGGUGUCUUUCUUUUAGCCAACCACCUCAAGAAAGCGUCUCCACGAAAAAGAGGAAGAAUCUGGCCCUUCUAAGCAUGCUGCUCCUUCUACAUCGUUUCGGAAAAUGAUGUGAAAAAAAGAGAAAAUGACUUUUGAUAAUUAUGGCUUUUUUAUGGAAAGCGGAAUAUUUUUUUUUAUUUAAGAGAAAUCUUAAUAAUGGAAUAACUCUUGAAGGUGCAACUGAUAAAUAAAGAUAACUUUGUAAGAUUGA